AUGUCAUCCGAGCUUAAAGUAUUGAAACGGCCUGAACUUUUAAAGCGGAUUAUGGAGGAGAAUACUAAACGCGAUGUUAGAGUUAAGAAAUUGGAGCAAAAAAAUAAGGAGCUUGAGACCAGACUUGCAAUAGUAGAACAGGCUACCUUACCAGUGGAAGAGCAGUUGUAUAAUGAUAAUCCUUUUGACGAUAGUACAUCUAACUUUAAUUUAGUUGCAAAAUAUCAUGAGAAACCAUUGAAGAGAAAGAGAUGGAUAAUUUCUUGCUUGAGGCUCAUAAGAAAAUCAUUAGUAAUGAAAUAAAGCAA